CAUUCAUAUUUUUAUUCCCUCAAAAACCAGCAGCACUAUCCCACUUCCCAAGCUUUUCUCCCAUAAAAUAUUCAUACUUUUAUUCCCUCAAAAACCAGCAGCUGGACACGCAUGAGUUCACCUCCUGCAGCACUUCCACGCCUCCUGCAGCACCUCCACGCCACCUAGCACCAACUGGACAGCAUGGGUAUCACAUGGGCAUCACAUGGACAGCAUCUGCAGCACUUGGACACGCCUGGCAGCACCUGCAAGGAACAGCAGCUGCUGGACAGCAUCUGCAGCACUUCUCCACCCCUGGCAGCACUUCCUCCAAGCUUGGACAGCAUGGGCAUCACAUGAAAGGGUAGCAGAAAAGAGCAGAAAAGAGACAACCUGCAGAUUCAGCAAGAAUUCCGGAAAGUGAAGGGCAGUGGCACCAUUUUGCAUUUCAUUUCUUUGUUGUUUUUUUUUUUUUUCUCUCUUUAAUUUUUGGCAAGCUUGCAGUAUAUAUUUCUCUCUUCUCUGAGGAAGAGAACGGGGGUGUGGAAUGGGGCACAGCCCUCACGCACCAAGUCUCUCUUCUAGAGGAUUUUUGUUCUUCCAUUUUUUAUUUGUAAAACAACAUGUUUUACAAAGAGCUAGGCAUUAGGAUUUGGCGUGAUAUUAUCGACCUAUAUCGCUUGAGGACUUAUUAUGGAAUCUCAUAGACCACUCAUGAUAAUUAGUGCCUUCAGGAAAAAAUGGCGGAGGAGCUGACACCUGAUAUCGAAACUGUCCGGGAGUCAGGGCCGUCGUCGUCGCCGCUAAUCCAACUGACAGGAAACGGAGACGGUAUGGCUACGCCGGACGUUCAAAGCACGGCCAUGAAGAUCGAGAGGGCCAAGGAGGCUUACAAGGAAGAUGCAGGCGGGUAUGAAGAGAAGCCUGCUCGUGUGGAAGUAUGGGGAUGGUACUUUUAUGGGUUUUGCUCCUACUUCAUUCAAUCAGUUCUGAUGCCCGUCGUCUUCCCACUCAUCAUGAGCCAAAUCGCCUCGUCGCCGCCGCCGGAGCCUUUGCAGGGUGCCGGCGUGAACUCCCGGGGCUUGUUUUGUAGGGAGAAGGAAAUGAUACUGUACCAAAGAUUAACAUACCGUUCUAUUCCGGCUAACGGUUCAAAAUUAUCCCCUUUAGCAUGGACAUCAAUUUGCUGGGCUAUAGGUCUACUCAUUGCCGCUCCCAUACUUGGCUCCAUUUCCUUCCCCCUCGACCAUGGCCAGAAACAACCACUCGUCGCUGCAACCGCCAUCGGCAUCGGAGCUAUUUUCUGUCUCCCUGUCGGAUUCUUCAGAACCCCGUGGACCUUCUUGCCAUACAUUGCAGCCAUUGUUGCCGCUCAUACUAUUGCCGGCGCCUGCCACACCCGCCACCUCGGCCUAAUGGUUCGCGGCUUUACUGGAUCAACCCUUCGAGAGCGCCAAUUCCCUAUUCGGAGAGCUGUCUCUGGCUGGCUCUCCAUUUACGCCACGGUCGCCGGCUGCACGGGUUCCGCCAUCAUUUCUGCAUUCACUUACCACAUGCUUCGGGAGUCGUCGUCAGAUCAGGAGUUCAUAAGCCUUUGGGUGGUUUCAAUCUUCAGCGGCCUUCAGUGGCUCAUUGGGAUGCUCAAUGUUUUCACCGGCGCUAAUAGAACCCGUGAAACCAAUAUUAUUGCUUCCCUAUCAAAAUCCCACGCGUUUUCCAUAUUUAAGUACCCUCAUGCAAUCGGAAGCCUUGCCGGAGUUUUCCUUUCGUCAUUUACCACGAUGUGCAUUUUCACCGGAGGCGUGCUUUUCCUCGUCGGCCAGCUGUGUCUUAAGCCACUGUUUUUGCUUUAUUUUUGGUUGAUUUAUUUCAUCUUUCCCAUGUUUUCUCUGCCACUAUUGCAACUGUUGCAGCAUCUUAUCAAGGCAGACGCAGUGAAAAUGCAACUGCUCGGAUUCCUAUUAUCAAUGGCCACCACAGGGGCGGGAUUCUACUUCAAGCAGGAAAAAUGGGGAAAACAGUUUGUGUUGUUUUUCGCCGCCGUUCACGGCACUUCCACGGGGCUUUUGCAUGCUUUCGGGAGGGUUUUGUUGCUGGAUUGUUCCCCGUCCGGCAAAGAAGGCGCUUUCUCUAUAUGGUUCUCAUGGGUGAAAGCUUUCGGCACGUUUGCCGGCUUCGCAGUUGCGUCAGUAUUUCCCGGAAAGAUCAGCACUUCUUUUGGCAUUGCAUUUUGGACCGCCAUGCUCGGAACAGUUUUGCUGAUUUUCGGGAAUAUUAGUGAUUUUGGCGGAGCUUUGGCGGCAGGACAUGUGAGAGAUGAUCAUAGCGAGAGGGGAUCACCUGUGCAUGGUGUGGAUACGAGAGGACUUCAAAACAAGGAAUUUACUGAUGGGGAAACACCAUAGGAAACUUUAUAAGCAUAUUUCUUUAAUGCUUAAAUCACCAUAGAUCGAGAGAAAUUAUGUUUUGUAUGCAUGCAUGCAUUAUUCUUUGCUGAUAAUAAACGCCAACAUGAUUUGUA